AUGGCAACAGAUGACAAUAUGGCGAGUGAUGGCACAAGCGAGGCAUCACAACCACCAUCAGCCGAUUCGACCGAGUCUAAGCUAUACACAGCCCAAGCUACCACAGCACUGACGACUGUCGAUAUCCAAACUCUAUCCUUCCCCGAUGGAUCUCGAGGCACAUUUCAAACCCCCGGAGCGAGAUCCGUAUCAACGCCAGUCCCCAGCGGCUACGCUUCUCCAGGCUACAAGGCGAGCCACUCGGGAGGGGAGGGAGACGAUGGAGCAAGCGUCAUGAGCUUUGCGCCGACAAUGCGACCGGCCGGUGAUAUCGCGAGCCUGUUCGUUGGUGACCUGGGCAAGCGCAGUGUCGCGUGGAACAUGCUACGCUCACAAGCACCGACUGUUCAACCGUUUGAGACAAGUCGAUACCGACAAACUGAUACGCUGGGAAAUUUCCAAGGAGAAUUCGAGGCGGUGCCGGCCGAGGCAACGGCCGAGGUCGACGAUGCUUCACGAGUUGCCAUGUGGAAGGCAAAGCUCAAGCACUACAUGAUUCUCUCGUCAGCCGGAAAACCCAUUUGGAGUCGACAUGGAGACUUGAUGCUCAUCAACUCAUCGAUAGGGGUUAUGCAAACCAUAAUAUCCUUCUAUGAGGGCGCCAAAAGCCCACUGUUGGGCUUCACCGCUGGCGACGCCAGGUUCGUUGUUCUAACUCGAGGCCCCCUCUACUUUUUGGCCGUUAGCAAGCUUGGUGAGAGCGAUUCGCAACUGCGCGCACAGCUCGAUGCGCUUUAUAUGCAAAUCCUCUCCACCCUCACACUGCCGACUUUGAAACGUAUUUUUGUCCACAGACCGUCGUCGGACCUUAGGAAACCACUUCAAGGCACCGAAUCGCUGCUCUCUUCGCUUGCCGAUACGUUUACGAGAGGCUCGCCAACGACAUUACUGGGGUCGCUCGAAUGCCUCAAGCUUCGCAAAUCGCAGCGACACUCGAUCAAUAAUACGUUUUUGAAGCUCCGCGCCGACAAGCUCCUAUAUGGACUUAUUAUUGCUGGCGGAAAACUUGUCAGCGUCAUUCGCCCUCGACAACACUCGCUGCACCCGAGCGACUUGCAGCUCAUAUUUAACAUGCUAUUCGAGUCGGAUGGCAUCAAAGGAGGCGGUGGUGAAAACUGGAUACCCUUGUGCCUACCUGCAUUUAACAACGAGGGUUAUCUAUACAUGUACGUCAGCUUUUUUGACGACGAGGGCCUGCAAGUGCAAAAACAAGCAGCAGAAGCAGGCGAGCAGACGGCGCCUGCGAGUCAACAAAUCGCCAUGGUGCUCAUCAGCACCGACAAAGAGAGCUUCUUUGGCCUUCAGAAGAUGCGCAACGACGUGGCCCAGCAGCUGACCAAGAAUGGCAACUUGGCCGUGAUCCGGGGCGCGGUGCGGGCAGGGCGGCCGCGGAUCGCCCAGAUUGUGCCUGGGAACCCGAUAAGCCACUUUUUGUACAAGUCCAAGGCCAACGUGCAAUUCUGCAUGGCCGCCCUGGAACCACCGUUGGACGCCAUCGCCGAGCGCCGACGUCUCAUGAGCCUGUACCACGAGAUGCACGCUGCCGUGCACGCCAAACAUGCGCACCUCAAAAUCUUGCAUAACACGAGCGAAGAUUCUACGUCACUCGCGUGGGUCACCCCGGUCUUUGAGCUCUACUGCGUGGGAGGGCCCAACAUGUCGCGCGCGACCAUGGGGCAGGGUGCCAACAAGAUCAUUCAGUGGGCCAAGAAGGAAGAGCAGCGGCUAUUUAUCAUUGGAGGCGGUGUCUUUUGA